UCCAUCAGAAAAAUACUUGUGUUGAGAAAUUUGAUCCGUUAUUUUGGAUUUGUUGAUCUUUAAACAUCCAAACAUCUUCUUCCUGCACCUGCCGGCAAAUGUUCUUCAUGUCGAACAAGUUGGAACUUGGCCAGGCCUCUGAGAAGCUGCUGUCGAGAAAGGCUGCAUGCAACAGCCACGGGCAGGAUUCGUCCUACUUCUUGGGGUGGCAGGAGUUCGAGAAGAACCCCUACGAUCCAAUCGCCAACACAGGAGGGAUCAUUCAGAUGGGUCUUGCAGAAAACCAGCUCUCAUUCGAUCUCAUCGAGUCAUGGCUUGAAGACCACCCUGACCUCACCGGAUUCAAGAAAGAUGGUGGUUUGGUGUUCCGGGAGCUUGCUCUGUUCCAGGACUAUCAUGGCUUGCCAGCUUUCAAGAAUGCAUUGGCUAGAUAUAUGGGAGAAGUCAGAGGAAACAAAGUAAGUUUCGAGCCCAGCAAGCUCGUCCUCACGGCUGGUGCCACUUCUGCCAACGAGACUCUCAUGUUCUGUCUUGCCGACCCUGGAGAAGCGUUCCUUCUCCCAACUCCGUACUAUCCAGGGUUCGACAGGGACCUCAAAUGGCGAACCGGCGUGGAGAUCGUUCCCAUCCACUGCUCGAGCUCGAAUGGCUUCCGAAUCACCCGAGCGGCACUGGAGGCGGCACUCCGACGUGCGCAGAAGCGUAGACUGAGAGUGAAAGGAGUGCUGGUGACCAACCCGUCCAACCCACUGGGGACGACGCUGACCCGACAAGAACUGGACACCCUCGUCGACUUCGCCGUUGCCAAUGACAUCCACCUCAUCAGCGACGAGAUCUACUCCGGCACCACCUUCGGCUCGCCGGGUUUCGUCAGCAUCGCCGAGGCCACCAAGGGCAGGGACGACGUCUCCCAUCGCAUUCACAUCGUGUGCAGUCUCUCCAAGGAUCUCGGCCUCCCUGGCUUCCGCGUCGGCGCAAUCUAUUCGGACAACGAGGCCGUCGUGUCCGCCGCCACCAAGAUGUCGAGCUUCGGGCUGAUCUCUUCGCAGACGCAGUACCUCCUGGCGGCGCUGCUAUCAGACAAGGAAUUCACCGAGACGUACGUCCGCGAGAGCCAGAAGCGGCUCAAAGAACGCCACGACAUGCUCGUGGAAGGGCUCCGGCGAAUCGGGAUCGGUUGCUUGGAGGGCAACGCAGGGUUGUUCUGCUGGGUGGACAUGAGGCACCUGCUGAGGUCGAACACCUUCGAAGGGGAGAUGGAACUGUGGAAGAAGAUCGUGUAUCGAGUAGGACUCAACAUCUCGCCGGGUUCUUCCUGCCACUGCGACGAACCAGGGUGGUUUCGCGUCUGCUUCGCCAACAUGUCCGAGGACACCCUGGAGCUCGCCAUGAGGCGGCUCGAGAGCUUCGUGGAUUCCUGCCAUCGGCGCCGCCCAAGACGGCAAUUCUUGGCCAAAUGGGUGCUCGGCUCAGCCUCAUCGUCUGCCGAUCGCAAGUCCGAGCGAUAACGCCUGCUAAGCUGCCAGUGACUGCAUGCAUGAUCACUCCUACUACGAUUCUUUAAAUUCGUUCAUCGAUCAUACUACAUUAUUUUGUUUUUCUUGAUUCUUUUUUCCUUGAAGCCCCCGAUCUGCUUGGGUUUUAAGGUGACCGAUGUUUCAUUCAUUGCUACUAUUCCUUUGUUUUUGAGUUCGCAAUAAUGUAUCGUAUUACUACUAUUCAUUGGAUACGAUUCGAUGUAAUACUCAAUGGAAAGAAAUAAGUACAGAAAAUAUAGAAUGGAUCAUGA